AUGUUGGCAUUUACUAAACGAAAUCCAAUUGAAAUAGCUGAAUCGAUCAGAAAUCUCGAUUCAGAAUUGAAUUCCGUUGAAUUCAUUCAACAUUUGAUUCAAUACAUUCCAAAUGAAACAGAAAGUACUUCGUCAGCAAAACGAAGCGCCAUCAAUGCUUUCACUCGAUUGUCAGGUGCUAAAGAACAACUGACUCCUGCGGAUCGACUCGUCUAUGAGAUCUUACAAAUCCCGUUUUAUAUGGAACGUUUAAAUACCUUGAAAUUCAAACUAAUCUUCGCUGAUAAUUGUCGAUUGAUAACCGAGCAAUUGCAACUGCUCUAUGAUGCCUGUGUCUUCUUAUACCACUCCGUACAUAUAAAAAAGUUACUCGAAAUCAUCCUCUCGGUUAUUAAUCAUCUGAAUUCAACUCCGACGCAUCGGAUUCUUACACUUGAUGAUCUAUCGAAAGUAAGCGAAUUGAAAACACCGAAAACGCGUGUACCAAUUAUAAACAUCGUUUCUCAAAUAUGUCGCGAUCGACAUCCGGAAAUCUUCGAUUUGAAAGACAACUAUCAUCUGAUUUUCUCCGCAAGCAAAAUCGAUCUCAAUAUAGUUAAGUACGAAAUUGAUCAAAUGCAAAAAGAAUUUCAACAAAUUCAAUUAUGGAUGGAGAAACUCGACGUGAAAAUGAAUCUUCAAACAUUUCUCAGUGAUUGUCGUGAGAAGUUGCCCGAGAUUGUUCGUUCAUGUCAACUAACAACUGAUCAGUAUUCUAAAACAAUUUCAUAUUUUACGCAACAAACAACAACAUCUGUUAUUUUUCUUUCAAUCUUCGCCAAUUUAAUUCAAUCGCUACAGAUCAAACGGCAAAACUAA